AUGAGCUCGCCGCAGAAGAAGACCGCCGCCGCAACAGAGGGUAACCUCUCUGUUGCUCAGUACCAUGAGCGCCAGCAGGCAAAGCGCGAUGCGCUCGCUGCAAAGGCCGCGUCGGGGACAACCCAGUCGGAGAUUGUCCUCGAAGGUUCCUCUGUAGUCAACGACGUGGAGAUGGAAGAUCUUCUAGCAAGCGCAGGGAGCCUAUCGACAUCGAUAGUCUCGACCCGCAUGCUGGGUCGAGACGCCCUCGUGAAGGAGACGACUCGGACGCUUCGAGCUCGAAGCAUUCGCGCGGCAGCGCGCGAUCCGUGGAUGCCGUCUGCGUCAGAGAUCGCAGACCGUGUGGGCAACACUGUACCUCCAAACGAAAUCCCGCUGUACGUAUGCAGCGGGAUCCACGAUGAUGCUCUCCGAUACUUCUCCAGCAAGAAGACCUCUUCUCGCAGCAAAGUGCCUGAGUGGCAGGCACUUUGUCAAAGUUGGAAUGCUUUUGUUAAGAACUUCAACAAGAUGCCGGCUGCUUACCGUGAGCGGGUUAAGCACGCCCGUGAACGCUUCGAGACAUUCUCGACGCGCGGGAGGUUGGAGCAGCUCCACAGAUCUUCUGUGGACGCUGGUAUUCCAUGCGCUGUGCCUGAAGGCCAACAGUGCACGUUGUGUCUUCCGGGUGCGGCGCGCUUGAGCGACCGCGACCUAAACGGGUACACGACGAUUCGUGUACCUGCGAGUCUCAAGGAUCUCCGUGCCAAGUUCUUGGCACGUGAGGAACGCGACGAUCGUGGGACCUCGGGCGCUGUAGGUGACCACAGCGCUCGCACUACCUUCGCGUCGGCAGUGCGUGGUGAGCUUCGUACACCUUCACCAUUUCCGGAACGUCCUGCAGCAGGACGUCCCGUGGCUCCCAUGUAUCUUGGUGGGGCGGAAACCCUCUCCAACAAAUACGAUAACGAACCGGCUGCCGGUUCGUUUUCGGGAUACUAUGGUUCACAAUACGCUCAACAAUCCAGCGUGUUGAGCCGCGGGCGUCGCGGAUCGGAGGCGGCGGUGGAGCGGGUCGCUGCUGUGGAGCAGCUUCAGAGCCGUGAAUUCGCCGCUCUGAAGCAGGAGAUGGCGACCCUGAGAGCUCAAGUUGCUCAGGCCUCGCAGACCGCGUCGGACAUCUCUGUCGACGUGGGAGGUCGCGUCGUGCGCUUGGCACAGCGCGUUCACGCGUUGGAGCAGAGGUUCGCUCCCGCUGGGGCUUCCGCUUCGGGCCAGCCGAGCUAG